AUGGCAUCGUCCGACCGCCAAGAACGACUCAUGUCUCCUCCUCCGCGCCGCUGCUCGGCUUCUUCCGGAAAGGUACCUCAGCCCAAAGGCGACUUGGACAUCCUCAUCGACAGAGACAACCGCGAAGAUUGGCAUGGCAUCGUCCUGCGCGCCCGGAAGCACAUGCGCUGCGUCCCCCACCAUCCGGACAGAUACGCGCAGGUUGAGUACGACCCAUCCUGCCCGGAGGGCGUGAACCUACCCACCGGCGACAGCAACACCACGGGGCAUACAGAGAAGGGGCCUCCUCCGUCGGCGGACGGAGAGGUGGACACGCUACUACCGCCGCCGCCGCCGCCCACAUUCCACCUCUUCGCCCACCUCCCCAAGGAGCUGCGCGACAAGAUCCUGCUCGCGAGCGUGCCCCCCGUGAGAAUCGAGGCGUUCGUCAGGGUGGACUUUGAAUGGAACCACGGGCCGCAGGCGCGCUUCUCUCAAAACACGAUCAGGGCCUGGCGCGACCUGGUGCUGUACGCCGUCAGCGCGGAGACGCGGCGGCUGGCGUGCGCUGCGUACGGGGUGCCUGACCCGCUGGGGUUCCCGUUCAGCCCGGCGAGGGACGCGGUGUGGUUGCUCUGGGACGGGGGCACGAUGUGGGCUGCGCACAGGUUCUUGAAGGACUGUAGGGAGGCCGGGGCGGUGGUGCAGCGCGAGUCUCGGGAGUGGGUUAUGCCGGAGGGGUUGAGGGCCAGGGUCGCGGAGGUUGUGGUGGAGCUGAUGUAUGGGUUCUUUGACAGUGGGAGGAAGGGCCCGUGGAGAUAUGUGUUUGGGCUUUUGAAGGAGUUUCCGGGGAUGAGGGUGCUGACGGUUGAGAUGUGUGAUCUGGAUGAUGGGGGGUUUGAGGGGGUGUAUGAUGGGGAGAAGGAGGAGGUGUAUCGGGUUGAUCAGCUGGAUUUGUUUGAUGAGUUGGAGGGGAUGAGUGAAGAUGGGGUGGUCCCAUUCCCUGGGUUGAGGAUGCUGAGGAUUAGAGCUGUUCUACCAACACUCAAGCAGACUCAGGGGCGGCUGAGGUUUCGAAAGGUGGGCGGCAGUCAUUUCGUGGUGGUAAGGAAGGGAUAUGUCCCGGUUGCCAGUGGGUGA